CCAAUUGUGUUAUUAUUUACAUAAUUAAACUGGACUCUGAAAUAACAGAAUGAUAAUAUAGUAAUUAUAAUGAUGAUAAUAAAUUGGUUGGCAGUCCAUCGUUAGUCUUUAGUUAACGGACGGUUCUUGAUGAAGCAGUGAAUUAACUGAUCGUAAACUUCUACUUUCUUUGAAGGUGGAGAAUAUGUCACGGUCGCGGUCUCCUAACUACAGGAGGUUUCAGUGGGAGGAAUCCAGCUCUGCUCCUUAUAAAGUCCUCACAGAACCAGAUAAGAAUCCACAUCACAGGAGUCACCGCCUCAGACCGACUCCUGAAGAAGACUGGGGCUUUGACAGGGAAGAGAUGUACCCAGAAGCCCAGAGAAGAUCCCCUCCCUUUCCAGAUGACCUUUUCCAGAUUGAGCAUCACCGCCGUCCAGACGUGGAGAAGUUUUACAACCGAGCGUCUUCACCUCACUAUGACGUGAGGGCCUUCGAGGGUCGCAGGCUUUCGCCACCGCGCAAUGUCGGAGGGGACAGCGAUAGACGCAGGGAAGGGUUUCAAGACCAGAGUUAUGAUAACAGGGGGAGGUUGCCCCACUCUCCCCCGAGUUUGGUGAGGGAAAGAUUGCCACCGAGGUCUCAGGCAGAUCCCCAGCAGAGAGAGCCGGGGAUGGGCUGGAGGGAGGAGCAGGGCCGAGGCCCAGGGAGGUUCAGAGACCUCAGUCCCGCUACGAGGAUAGAAGAUCAAAGAAGUGGAGCAGCUAGGGAGAGAGGUAGGAGGAAUUUACAGGGUUCCAACAGAGACAGACAAAGGGAGGAGCCACAUCAAGAGAGGAGCCCCCCCUUUAAAAGGCAACGGAGGGAAAUGGAUGACGCCGAUCACCCUGGGUACAGGGAUGAGGAGGAGUUUGGGGAACAGCGUUACUUGGUGGAGACGCCCAGAGAUGGGUUUGGAGGAAACACUCAGGGGAGCCUUCCCCGUGGAGAUGUCCGACCCAUGAGACCACUUGUCAUUGAACAUGAUCACGGUAUCGUAAAUGUCAAAAAAUCACCACAGUGGGAACAAUUUGAUAAACGCAGAGAUCUUGAGUUUAAUCGACAGAGGAGUCCCCGUCCUCAAGGCUCCUCGCAGGAGCGGUUCAGGACGUCGGACACACGGCUGGAUGAUCGGGAAGACGUGAGAGGAGGCCGCUUUCAAGAUAAUCGGAGAGAUUCCAACUAUGUUGAGUCUCAGAGGAGCCCUGUGCCGCAAGACAGACCAAAUACCAUGAGAUAUGGUAAUCGAGAUGGGUCUUUGAACCCCAGGGGGACAGGUUGUCCUCGUCCUGGGAGAGGGAGGUUUAAUCGUGGACAGGUCGGAAGGGCUGGACCACUCAGGACUCAACCACGCUUACAGCAAUCCUCCCAAGGAUACCAAGAUCUUCCUCAUGGAGAGCAAAGACUGGGAUAUCGACCCUUCAGAGAAGAUGGAAACAAGGAUCCCAUGGAAGGAGUGCCUCGCUGGUCAGGAGAAGGCAAACUUCAAAACAAGCCCCGGAGUCUGGAGCAACACUUACUGAGGGAUGACCUGGACCCCAAAAUGCCCCGUGGAUGGAGUGACAAGAAAACCAGUAACAUGGCCGCUGUGAAGGAGGAAACGUUAACCAUCAAAGUAGACAUGACCCGACCCAUUAACCAGAACAGCAGCUUGCCGAGUUACUCCACAGAGAGGCAGCUCUCUUUAGAUCUGGUCAACGUGGGGCGGCAGCGUCUCGACUUCCUGCCCAUGCUGGAGCACUCGGGCACAUAUCAAGAGACGCCCAUGCACACUGGGACGUUUGCCCAGGAAAUCAUCACGCUGGUGCACCAUGUCAAAGAGCAAUAUUUCCGAGAUGAUGGCCUCACCCUGAACGAGCGUUUCUCAGUUCCUCAGACAAGUGGCUUCUCUGAGGAGGAGCCGGUGGAGCUGACGCUGGAUGAGCGGUUCAGUUCAAACCGAGGCUUCAGUCUAAACAUGAACUCGCUGCAAGAAGACGAUGAGCCUCUGUUCUCCAGACUGGAAUCCAUGCAGGGUUUGAACCAGCAGCUGGUGCAAGACCCGGGGGAUCUGAGGCACGACCUGGAGAGGAGGAGGCAGGAGAGACUGGAGGGUGUGAUGGUCACCAUACCAGGGGGGGGUAUGUCACAGCGCCCCCUGGGUCAAGUCAGUGAGCCAGAGUUCAUAGACGACAUGUCUCCGCUGGAAGAAGACAGAUUCUCCACUUGGCCAGAAGAGCAGAGCAGGAGACAAGAAGGCAACAUGGUACCAAGAAGAGGAGCUUCGUUCCGACUGAACUCCCAACGCAGGAACAACCGCUUCAUUAACCAGGCUGGACCAAUGAGGCGACAGAACAACCGCAGCAACCCUGCAGGUCCGACCUGGUGACCGGGCGCUGGAAGCGUAUUUCAUGUGGAUGAUGCAGAUUUUCUUUUUUACUAAUGACACGUCUCAUAAAAACCAGCCAGUUGAAUGAAUUUUGGUAUUAAUUGAACCCGUGUUGAUUCUGAUUGACUGAAGGGAUGAAACCCUGACGCUUGUGGCAGCAGCGGAUUUGAUUUAAUGUGAAACGUUGAAACCUGUCGUGCUGGAGGUUCACGAUCUUGCUUCUUUCUGUUUUUGCUUAACAUUUCAUUUCUAUUCAUUAAUAAGUAAAUGUAUUUAACAUUUAAAUCACAACGUAGCGAAAUUAACCCGAAGAAUCUGUGAAGAUGAAACUGAAAAGCUCGACUUUGACCGAGUGAGGUUUGGGAUCCUGGUCGAUCGUACAUGUGAAGGUUUCACUUCUAUUUGAUGUUUAUCUAUGUCGGUACAUUAUUACAGUAACCAGCCUCUGUGACACGUGAGCUCCACCUGCUGCUCCUCCUGGUUCCCGUCUCAAUAAAAACACUUGUACAGUU